AUGGCGACUGUCUCCAGUGUCCUGGGCUUUGAGUGGAUGGACUUCAGCAGUAUUUUGAUAUUUCUGUGUGUUUUUCUGUUGCUGGCUGAUGUUUGGAAGAACAGAGUACCAGCAAACUUUCCUCCUGGACCCUGGUCUCUCCCUUUCAUUGGUGAUCUUCAUCACAUCGACGCCAAGAGAAUCCACCUGCAGUUCACAGAGUUUGCAGAGAAAUAUGGGAACGUUUUCAGCCUCCGUCUCUUUGGUGGAAGGGUCGUGGUCAUUAAUGGCUACAAGCUCGUGAGAGAGGCCCUGGUCCAGAAAGGAGAGGACUUCGUAGAUCGCCCCAGCAUACCAAUGUUUGAAGACUCAUUUGGGAAUCAAGGUCUCGUGUUGUCGAAUGGCAAUCCAUGGAAGCAGCAGAGGAGAUUUGCUCUUCAUACACUCAGAAACUUUGGGAUUGGCAAGAAGACCCUGGAGCCGUCCAUCCAGCAGGAGUGCCAUUAUCUCACUGAGGCUUUUGCUCUUCAUCAAGGCAAGCCUUUCAGUGCUCAUUCACUGAUAAACAACGCUGUGUCCAACAUCAUCUGCUGCCUGGUGUUUGGGGAACGCUUUGAGUACACAGACAAGCAGCACCAGGCUCUUCUUCGGAACAUCAAUGAAGCAACCCGCUUACAGGGAAGUCUGUGGGCGCAGGCUUAUAACGCAUUGCCUUGGUUGAUGAAGUGGCUGCCUGGACCUCACCAGAUGGUAUUCACACUGAUACAAAAGGUGUAUGACUUCGUAGAAAUCAAGAUCAAAGAACACAAAGAAAGUCUCGACCCGUCCUCACCGAGAGACUACAUCGACUGCUUCCUCACAGAGAUGGGAGAGACGGAGGACAAAGAUUCUGGUUUCGAUUUGAAGAAUUUGUGUUUUUGCACUGUGGACCUGUUUGGUGCUGGAACCGAAACGACCACCACUACUUUACACUGGGGACUGUUAUACAUGAUCCACUAUCCUGACAUACAAGAGAGAGUCCAGGCAGAGAUAGACACUGUCAUUGGUUCAUCCAGACAACCUUCUAUGUCUGACAGAGAUGACAUGCCCUAUACUAAUGCAGUCAUCCAUGAAAUCCAGAGAAUGGCCAACAUCGUUCCCCUAAAUGUGGCCCGCAUGGCAGGCAAAGACAUCACGCUCGACAAGUACACGAUCCCAAAGGGUAACAUGAUCCUGGCCACACUGAACUCUGUUCUGAAUGAUGAGUCGAUGUGGGAAACUCCACAGUCCUUCAACCCUCAACAUUUUCUGGACCAGGACGGCAAGUUUAGAAAGAGAGAAGCCUUCCUGCCCUUUUCAACAGGGAAGCGUGUGUGUCUCGGGGAGCAGCUGGCCAGGAUGGAGUUAUUCCUCUUCUUUACCUCCCUCCUCCAGAGGUUUUCUUUCUCUGCUCCUCCUGGAGAGAAGCCCAGUCUGGACUUUCAGUUAGGAUUCAUUCGCACUCCACAACCUUACCGCCUCUGUGCCGUACCACGAUAAACCACCGACUGAACAAAACCAAACCAUCUCUGUUUCAUAACACAGUGAAUCGCUCUGAACCACGACAUUUAUGAUACGAUGUGUCACAUCUGCUGUAUUAUUCUUUUCCCACAGUGUGUGUAAAACAUCAUUUUGAAAUAUGUUCUUCUUUUAUCUUCAUGUUGCUCUUCUAUCUUCCUUUCAAUCAGUUGGCCUUUGAAUGAACCUUUUUGAAUAAUACCAAUUUAAUCCACUGAAUACAAAUACACAAUGAAAUAUGUAGUAUACUGCAUUUUAAUAAUGUAUUUAAUUUAGGUUUUGACAACUCACAGUGAUUGAUUUUUAAAAAAAUGUAAUAGUAACCAUCCAUCCAUCAAUCCAUCAUUUACACAAAGUCUAAAGUAGUUUGAUAGCAGCUAUCUGUGUGUGUGUGAGUACAAAUGUUGUAGUUAAAAAUAAAAAAGCAGUUUUGAAAAAA